AAAAGACAAUAUUCAAGAAAUAUUUUUAAAAAUAUAGUGAAUUCUAUAACUGUGAUUAAUAGAAAUUCGUGUAGCAGCUAAAUUUGUAAGUUUAUUGACCAGUAAAAGUAAACUUAGAAGGAGAAUUUUAACAAGCAGCUGCCAAACUAAUAAAGUUAAGUGCGCGGCGCUACAGUAAAGCAAAAUGGGAAAAGAUUUCUACAAGAUAUUGGGCAUUGACAAGAAGGCCACAGACGACGACAUUAAGAAAGCGUACCGAAAAUUGGCACUCAAAUACCAUCCGGAUAAGAACAAGAGCCCACAGGCCGAGGAACGCUUUAAGGAAAUAGCCGAGGCGUAUGAAGUGCUCUCAGAUAAGAAGAAGCGCGACAUUUACGAUCAGUAUGGCGAGGAUGGCCUCAAGGGCGGUCCACCCGGCCAAGAGGGAGGCGGUCCAUCGGGCGCUUACACUUAUCAGUUCCAUGGCGAUCCACGUGCCACAUUUGCCCAGUUCUUUGGCUCACAGAACAUCUUCGGUACGGCUGAUCCGUUCGGCCCAUUCUUUGGUGGUGGCUCCGGUGAUGGUACCGAGCAAGUCUUCAUGAACAUUGGCAGCGAUGAGAUGUUCGGCGGUGGCGGCUUUGGUGGCAACCCCAUGGGCGCCUUCCGCUCACAAUCAUUCAACGCACAGGCGCCUAGCCGGAAGCGACAGCAACAGGACCCGCCCAUCGAACAUGAUUUGUAUGUGACGCUGGAGGAGGUUGACAAAGGCUGCACAAAGAAAAUGAAGAUCUCGCGCAUGUCAAUGGCCACGGGCACGGCGCGCAAAGAGGAAAAGGUGCUGAGCAUCAAUGUAAAGCCUGGCUGGAAGGCAGGCACCAAGAUCACAUUCCCCAGAGAAGGCGACCAGGCACCACAGAAAGUGCCCGCGGACAUCAUCUUCAUCAUACGCGACAAGCCGCAUUCGCAAUUCAAGCGCGAGGGCAGCGACCUGCGCUACGUCGCGCCGGUCACUCUGAAGCAGGCGCUGUGCGGCACCACGGUGUCGGUGCCGACGCUGCAGGGCGACAGUGUACGUAUACCAAUCAACACGCAGGGUGAGGUGAUCAAGCCCACGACAGUGAAACGGAUUAGUGGGCGUGGCUUACCUUUCCCUAAGGAACCAUCGAGGCGCGGUGAUCUGAUCGUCUCAUUCGACAUCAAGUUCCCCGACUCAGUGUCGCCCAGUUUAAGGAAUAAACUGGCGGAGCUGUUGCCCAACUAAAAUCGAGGCCAUGUUAAGGCUUAACAACCACCUUC